CUCUCACAACUUCCUCUUCUUCAUUGAGUGUUUCUUAUGGAUCCGGAUCCCACCAUUUCUCUCCUUCUCCUUUUUUUAACAUCUUUCUUCACUAACUUGUUUGGCCUAACAGCUGCAGCCCCAACGUCGGUCACUCGAAUCACGGUAGUAGGUGCAGUUUAUUGUGACACAUGUUUGAGCAACAGUGUCUCCAAACACAGCUACUUCUUGCCUGGUGUGGAUGUCCAUUUACAGUGCAAAUUCAGAGCAGUUGCUCCCAAAAUGGCCGAGCAAAUGGCCUUCUCUGUCAACAGAACAACAGAUAAAUAUGGAGUUUAUAGAUUGGAAAUUCCUUCUGUGGAUGGAAUCAAUUGUGUUGAUGGUAUGACAAUGCAGUCAUUUUGCCAAGCAAGCUUAAUAGGAAGCUCGUCUGAAGUUUGCAAUGUCCCAGGUUUAAGAACUACUUCAGAAGAGAUAUCAGUCAAGUCUAAGCAAGAUAAUCUCUGUAUAUUCAGCUUAAAUGCUUUGAGUUACAGGCCAAUGAAGAAGAAUGAAAGCUUAUGUGGGAAUAAGAAAGAGAAAAUUCCAGAUCCCUUGACCUCCUCAAAGUUUUUUCUCCCUUUCUUCCCUCCUUAUUCCCUCCCUUUCCCCUUCCCUCCUAUGCCACCAUUCCCUUCCUUUCCUUUACCUCCACUUCCUCCACUGCCUCCACUGCCUCCAUUACCCCCUCUUCAAUAUUUUCCUCUCCCUACUUGUCCUAACCCACCAUCUUUACCAUUUCCUUUCCCACCUUUGCCUCCUUUACUUCCUUCACCAGCAAGUCCACCUCCGCCAUCUACACCACCUCCGCCGCCCCCAUUUAGUCUCAGUGAUCCAAGGACCUGGAUACCCUAUGUUUCUCCAUUUUCACCACCACCGCCUCUGCCAUCGUCGCCACCUCCAUUCAGUCUCAGCGAUCCAAGGACCUGGAUACCCCAUAUACCUCCAUUUUCCCCUCCCCCACCUCCUGCUUUCGAUCCCCGAGACCCGAGAACUUGGAUUCCGCAUAUCCCUCCAUUUUCUCCUUCCCCACCUCCUGCGUUUGAUCCUAGAGACCCCAGAACAUGGAUUCCCAAUAUUCCUCCAUUUUUCCCUCCCCCACCUCCUGCAUUCGACCUUAGAGACCCCAGAACAUGGAUACCCCAUUUGCCACCAUCCCCUCCCCAGGUCCCUCAAAAUCAAAAGCCCUAAUAUUGUGCUUUGUAUCCCUCCUUUUUACCUCUACAAAUUUUCUUUCAAUAUGAUAUAAUUUGAUGUGUGCUUAUGUAUUUUUCCGGUGCCCUGUCCAUUCAGGAAAAACAACAAACACCUUGUGUGCCAAUAUUGUUUCUAGCAAAAGCCACUAUAAUUCAUGUACAGAAAACAAAAGGGGAUUUGUCUGUUUAUAUGAUAAAUCAAGAAGCUGGAUAUCAUAAA